AUGGAUAGAUUGAACAGUGUCAAAGUUACAAACUGUUCAUCAGAUGAUGAAAAUGAAAUUAAAAUUGAUGUCAUAGUUGAACUAGUUCAAGAUAAAACUUUUCAAAAUUUAUACAAAAGAUUACAUAAACUUAGUAUUGUCAAUAAGAAAUAUCAAUAUUCAUUUAUAAUAUCAUUUAUGGGAAUGACUGGCACAGGUAAAACAACAUUUAUUGAGUUCAUUCUUAAUGUUUUAACAGGUCAAGCUCAUUCACCAACAACACUACGUGCACAAGAUAUUGAAAAUCAAGGUAUUGGUGAAAGUAAAACAAACUCAGUUUGUCGUUACGAAAUCAGAUACUAUUACAGAAAUCAGUGGAUGUUUGGUAUCACAAUUGUCGACACACCUGGUUUUGCAGAUGUUGGAGGUCUUGAAAAAGAUGAUCAACAUAUCAAAUCAAUUUUAAAUAAUGUCGGUAAACUCGAAAGUCUUGAUAGUGUCAGCUAUGUCGUAAAUGGUGCAUUAACUAGAAAAACUCUUGAAACACUUAAUUGUGUAUCAACCAUGGUUUCAUUCUGUGAUAAUUAUAAUCAAGCAGAUAGUGUUAGAAAUAUACUAAAUAAAAUGUUACCCGGCAUAAAUCAAAAACCAUUACUUUUUAUGGACAAUCCAUGGGCUCAACAUUUAAAAAAUAUUUAUAAAAUAAAUAGACCAGACGAAGCAAUUAAAAACUGUCGAGUUCUUUUUGGUGUUGAUAAUAGCGAUGAACUUGAAAAAAAAAAGAGUGAAAAAAUAGAAAUCAUUACCCAAUUUUUUAUUCAUAUCUUUAGUUCUCAAAAGUCAUUCAAACCAGAAGGAAUGAAAAUGUUACAAGAACAUAAAGUUGAACUUCUUUCAAAGUUAAAGGAGCUAGUUGAAAACCUUAGUUCAGUAACUAAUCUUUACAUAGAAUUAACUGAUGAUAAGAUUUCUUCAUUAAUUGAAAAGUCGAAAUCAAUAUCAAUUGAAGAGUGGUUGAAGGAUAGAGGUGCCACAGAAGCAUUGAAUAAAUCAAAGGAAUAUGAAGAACAUGUUAUAGGAGAUAUAGGUUUAAUUCUCAACUCAUUAAAAAGAACCUAUGAACAAUACCACGAAAUUGCAAUUCAAGCUCAAAAUAAUGAGAAGGCAGAUAAUAUCCAAAAGAUUUUAGAUCAAUUAAAAUUAUUCAUUGAAGCAUUAAAUGCCACAGAUGAAUACAACUUUGAUGAAAAAUUGAUAACAAGUGAAAAGACCAUCUUCGCGUGGGUACCCUUUUCAUUUGACUAG